AUGCACAGCAAGCACCGGAGCAUUUGCCCAGCGCACCCAGAGGUGAUCGGGAGCUUUAGGGGCGGCCCACUAGCUCCCGGGACCACUUUCAACCUGGAAGCCUGGGACUGUGGACGCGUAGCUAUUGGCCGGGACGCGGCGGCCGCCUUCCCAUUGGCCAUUGUGGCGACCCCCGCCCCCGAGCGGGGCGGCCCCGUGAUUGGCCCCUCCCACGGCUAUAAGGCGGCGGCCGGCGGGGCGCGCACGCAGAGCGUGAACACGGCCUUCACGGCGCUGCGCACCCUCAUCCCCACCGAACCUGUGGACCGCAAGCUGUCCAAGAUCGAGACGCUGCGCCUGGCGUCCAGCUACAUCGCGCACCUGGCCAACGUGCUGCUGCUGGGCGACGCGGCCGACGACGGACAGCCGUGCUUCCGUGCCGCUGGCGGUGCCAAGAGCACGCUCUCCGCCGCCACCGACGGCAGCCGCCAGCCGCGCUCCAUCUGCACCUUCUGCCUCAGCAACCAGCGCAAGGGGGGUGGCCGUCGUGACGUGGGGGGCAGCUGCUUGAAGGUGAGGGGCGUGGCCCCCCUUCGAGUGCCACGGAGAUGA